CGCGCUGACACUCAUAAGUUAUGAACAUCUGAUACCGGCUACAACAUGAAGCGCUGCUCCGGAAAGUAAAACAGUGACACUGUUCGAGAUCGUCGUCGAGGGUACAUAAGAGCCCCUGAUGCGUGGCUAGAGCGACGCUUUCGCCACCUCUCCACAACUUUGAGUCAUCCCUUGCACUGACACUGGUUGAUUCGCGCAAUCACACUGCCCAUCCCUCAGAUCACACUGCACUGCACUGCACUGCACUGCACUCCACCCCACCCCACCCCACCGCUCCUCAGCUUCGCUCUCGUUCUCGCCUUCACAAUCUUUUGCCCAAAAUGACGACGUCGAACGCAGCGAGGCCGCACCCCACUUCGGCCCCCGCUGGCGCCUCCUCUGCCAGUUCGACAUACCAACCUCUCGGCGAGUCGAAGACCGGUGGUCGCGUGCCGCGCGUGACGCUGCCCGUUCCCAUCGGAAAUGUGGCCUCUCAAACAGCUACGGAUAUGCAGGCUGCUAGAGGCAAGGCCGCCUUCGAUCCUGCCAAGAUCGAAAGCAUCUUGAGGGAUGGAAGGAUCGACAACGAUUCGCGCGUCAAGGUGGUGCAGACGCUGGAUAAGGACGAGCUGUUUGGUGAUUGGAAGAAGAGAAUGGCUCACAUGAAUCGCGAGCAAAAGAUGACAAUGUCUCACAAGGCCUGCCGACGCCUGCUAGAGAUUGCUCAGAGGGACGAGUGGACUACGCACGAGAUUGUCGAUGCUGCCAUCUCGCUCGACCUGCAGAGCCCAAUCACGAUUCAUUGGGUGGCAUUUGUGCCCGUCAUCAUGGGCCAGGGCAACGACGAGCAGGUAGCGCGCUGGGGUCAGAGAGCUAUGGACCACAAUAUCCUCGGCUGCUACUUGCAGACCGAGCUGGGUCACGGUACCAAUGUGGCUGGUCUCGAAACCCUUGCGACCUACGAGCCUAGCACCGACACUUUCGAUCUGCACAGCCCCACCUUGACUUCUACCAAGUGGUGGGCCGGUGGAUCUGGUCUGACGGCUACGCACGGUAUCGUCCAAGCUCAACUCAUCAUCAACAACAAGCGAUUCGGUCCUCACCUCUUCUUCGUCCCGCUCAGAAGCCUCAAGGACGGCAAAUUGUUCAACGGUAUUGCUGCGGGAGACAUUGGUCCCAAGACCUACGACGCUUUCGGUGGACUGGACAAUGGAUGGGUGCGCUUCAACCACGUCAAGCUGCCCCGAGACAACAUGCUGGCCAAGCACGCUCAGGUCAAAAAGGGCGGAGAGUACGUCAGACCUCCUUCCGACAAGCUGUCGUACGGUGGAAUGAUCUUUAUCCGAUCUCAAAUGAUCGACAGGACCGGAUGGAUGCUGUCCAGAGGCAACACCAUCGCCAUGAGGUACUCUCUCGUUCGACGUCAAUUCCGCGACCCAGACUCCAAAGAUGUCGCAGAGCCCGAGCGAUCCGUCCUCUCCUACCCAUCCCUGCAUCGUCGUCUCAUCCCGCUCUUGGCCAAGAGCUACGCGUACAUCAUUGCGGGAAGACGCAUGAGGACCUUGUAUGAAGACAUGGCAGCUCAAUUGGACUCUGGAGAUACCUCUUUGCUCGCAGAUGUGCACGUUGCCAGCUCCUCGCUCAAGGCGUACUGCACCAAGCAAGCUCUGGAUGGGAUCGAAGAGUGCAGACAGGCGCUCGGAGGACAUGGUUUCUCCGCCUACGCAGGUUACACUUCCAUCUUCCCCGACAAUGCACCAACGGUCACUUACGAGGGGGACAAUUACGUGCUGGCUCAGCAAGUAGGCAGAGCCAUGCUCAAGACCGCCGGCGAGUUGGACAAGAACGCAGGCGCAAAGGUCUCCAACACCACUUCCUUCCUCGGUGCGCUCAAGAACAAGGACGCUGUCAAAUUCUCGCCCCCCACUUCGCCUGCCGAGUGGCUCAAGCCCGAAGUGUACACGGCUGUGCUCGGUCUUCGGGCGGCUAGACGCGUGGCCGAUCUGCGCGCAGACUUGUCCACAGGCCGACGAUUUGUGGACCUUUCCUGGGAAUGCGUCGAGGUGGCACGCUCUCACGCAGAAGUUGUGGUGAACGCUUGGUUCACCGAAGGUGUAUCUGACGAUUCCGAAGGGUUCGGAUCGGAUGCCACCUAUUGGCUCAACAAGCUGGUGGUGCUUCACGCCUUGACCUGCGUGGCUAGAGACAUUACCCCGCUCGUCCUGCCUGCUGCUCAAGGUAGGGGUUUGGCAGCCUACCAAUCCGGAUCUGCCAUUCUGACUCCCGAAAGCGUCUUGCACCUCGAAACUGCCAUUCGCGAUCUGCACACGGAGCUGUUGCCGCAAGUCAUCGCUCUGACCGACGCUUUCGGCUGGACCGACUGGGAACUUUCCAGCUCGUUGGGUCGAAAGGAUGGAAGGGUGUACGAAUCGUUGAUGGCUGAAGCAGAGGGAAAUCCCAUCAACCACCCCGCUCCAAAAGACUCUAGCAAUCCCGACAACUUGGGCCACUACCAGUACGGCAGCAGCUUGGUCGGCAAACACGUCGCUGCUAGUUGGAAGGCCGAGAUCGAGCCUCUGCUUAGAACUCAGAACAAGCUGGCCGAAGAAGGUCCCAUCAAGGGCGACGGCAGCAAGCUUUGAUUGGCUUCUCCCCCCUCCCCACCUCCCUUCCCCCGGUUUCCCGAGGACUGCGCAAGCGAUUUCAAGAUGUGAUGUCACAUAGACUUUUUUUUUUCCGUGACCUACGCCAGACUUGCUGCAAUACAAUGUGAAUUGGACC